UGUUGAUACACUAAUUUAUAUUUGAGGUUUUAUCGUAUUAUUCUGCGUUUUCUUACUGUUUUAUUGUUGUUUAUAUAAUUCACAACCAUCUUAAAAGUAACAAUAAAGCUUUGAGCAGUUGGAUAUGCAAAAUAUCUGCAGUUUACAUACAUGGUAUUUGUAUCAUUACUUCAGCUAAAAAAUGCUGCAGAAAUAAAUGUUUUUCCGGCCAGAGUAGCCUGUAAAAUUGGUAAUAUCUCAAGAUACGGGCAUAAGACAGUUACUUAAGUCACCUUUAAAAAAAAAACAAAAAAAAUAUGAGUGGUAUCGUAGAAGUAUACAUAAAGGUGGAACGUGAAUACGAAGACAGUUCGCACUCGGGUGCGAGUGAGACGGAAGGCAGAACAUAUGAAAAUGAGGAGAAAGAAGAGAUCGUGGUGGAGCCUGAAGUGUCGGGGAUGCUGGCAGUUGAACAAGAGGCAGAUCCCUUCUGGGAAGACAGAAGUACACCACACCCCAUCCCACGGGACAAAAGGACACCACGCCCCAUCCCGCAGGGCAAAAGGACACCACGCCCCAUCCCACAGGACAAAAGCAGACAACGCUCCAAUCCGGAGGCAAAGAGAGAGCUCAGGCCAGAGCAUUUGAAAGCGGCUGCGGCUAUUGCCUGCAGUAUACUAAAACAAACCGAGCAAAAAAGAAACACGCCGCAGAAACCACAAAGAAGGCAACCCACACAACAGCAUACUUGCGACGUAUGCCAAAAAGUAUUCAACAGAAUCAACAACUUAAGGAACCAUCAACAAACACAUAAGAAACAACAGUGCGACAUUUGCCGCAAAGAUUUACUAACAAGGAAGAAGCUACGAAAUCAUAUAAGGAGAUUCCACUCCGAGAAACCAUACUACUGCGAACAAUGCAGUAAGGAGUUCAAGGAAGCGUAUGAAUUGAAAAGGCAUACGCGAAUCCAUACCGGUGAACGGCCGUAUUUAUGCGAAAUGUGCGAAAAAUCUUUCUCCAACGCCGGCGCUUUGAAGGACCACAGACAAACUCAUAAUAACAUAAAACGUUUCACUUGUGACACAUGUCAAAAACAAUUUAAACAGAAAUAUAGUUUGAAAACACAUUUGCUGACGCAUACGCAAAAACCAUAUGCCUGCAAUGUAUGCAGUAAAGAAUUCGUUCGGUCUGCGGAUUUAAACGAGCAUAUGUUGAGUCAUAGUGCGAUAAAACCAUAUUCAUGCAAUAAGUGCGGGACGCAGUUUUCUAGGAAGGACACUUUUUACAGGCACGCUAAGCGGAAGUUCUGUAUGAGUAUUUCUGACGAGAAAGCGUUCCUUGUACGUAACGAGGAUUGUAGUUGGAGUUGAAAAUGUUUGUAUUGAGCAAUGAGUUAUUUAAUUUUAAACUAUAUAGCGCUGGUGGUCUAGCGGUAAGAGCGUGCGACUUCCAAUCUGGAGGUUUCAAACCCUGGCUCGCACCAAUGAGCUUUACAGAACUUAUGAGUACGAAAUAUCAUUUGAUAUUUACCAGUCGCUUUUAGGUGAAGGAUAACAUCGUGAGGAGACCGGACUAAUCCAAAUAAGGCCUAGCUUACCAGAGGGAGUUGGAAGGUCAGAUGGCAGUAGCUUCCGUGAAAACCAUGAGCCGUGGCUAAAUGUCGGGACAACGCGACGCGAGGAAGAAGAAAAAACCGGGCAAGUGCGAGUCGGACUCGCGCACGAAGGGUUUCGUACCAGAAAGCAAAAAAAAAACAAAAAAAAGCAAAAAAUAACGGUCACCCAUCCAAGUACUGACCACUCCCGACGUUGCUUAACUUUGGUCAAAAAUCACGUUUGUUGUAUGGGAGCCCCAUUUAAAUCUUUAUUUUAUUCUGUUUUUAGUAUUUGUUGUUAUAGCGGCAACAGAAAUACAUCAUCUGUGAAAAUUUCAACUGUCUAGCUAUCACGGUUCGUGAGAUACAGCCUGCUGACAGACGGACGGACGGACGGACAGCGAUGUCUUAGUAAUAGGGUCCCGUUUUACCCUUUGGGUACGGAACCCUAAAAAUACUCGCAGAACUUCCGCGAGACACACACAGACAUUAAUUAUAUUAAGAACAGGUCGCUCACGUAAAGCAAGCUUCUGAUAAUACUCCUCGGUACAGAGUGAAACAUGUCGAGCGUUUUUCGACUUAAAAUACGUGAGUGACCUUGAAAGAACUAACUAAACUAUAAUAUUAUAAAAUUAAACCUAGAAGUAUACCUAACAGGCACGUGUAUAUGUAUAGGCCUAUAUCCCGCUCCAACUGUCACCUGGCUCCUAUUUCACCAACGUGACAGCUGCGACAAUUCGACAAGUCUCAUUGUUGCUGACGUCACGGGCAUCCAUGGGCUACGGUUAUCGCUUACCAUCGGGUGGGCCGUAUUCCUGUUUGUCACCAUCAUUGUAUUAUUUAAAAAAACUUUAUUAUAUCGGCAAAAAACAGGUAUUUCUCUUGCGAUGUUUAUGAUGACAAUUGUCACAAGAUUUCAAAGAACUUUCUGUAAUACUUGACAGCAAAUGAGUUCUGUGUCGAAAUACUUAGAAUUUCGUGACAUUUGUCGUAUUUCUUGUGACAAUUGUCAUUAGCUUCGCAAAAUAAGUACUUAUUAACUGGCGAUAUAGUGGAGUUUUUUUUAAUGAAAGAAAAAUUUUAAUUCACAAAUAAUUAAGUAAAUAUAAAACAUUAAAUUAGCUUACAGUUAGUUACAGUUUUUUUAAUUAACAUUUUGGUGGCGAACAACCACACCGCCCGUCUGAUGGUAAGCGGUUACCGUAGCCUAUGGAGGCCUGUGACGUCAUCAACAGUGAUGUCGACAAUUGUCGGACCUGUCACGUUGGUGAAAUAGGAGCCUGGUCCAAACGUGCUAAAAAUGCUAGCGACAUUGCUGUGUUACACGGCCAGCUGGGCAAUAAUCACAUUGUACGAUUCUCUCUACUCGCAUAAGAGGUCAUCCAUUAAUUACAUCACACGUUUAGGGGGAGGGAGGGGGUCAAGAAAAUGUGACAUAUUGUGACAUGGGGAGGGGGGGACACAAACUUUGUGACCUCACUUUAACUUCAUCAGUAACCGAAAAUUUAUUUAAAUUAUUUUAUUCACUAAUCGAUAAUCGUUUUUAUUCGUUUAAUUUUCUUCCCUAAGCAGUUUUGGGUUAUAAAAUUACUAAUAUUUAUAUCGUCAAAAAUAUUUUGAUAAACUAUUAAUAAUACUUAAUUCGAUUUGGCAAUUUCGUAGAAAAAAUGUGACGUCACACUAGGGGGGAGGGGUUUGCCAAAUGUGACCAAGUGUGACAAGGGGGGGGAGGGGUCAAAAAACCUAGAAAUUCGUGUGACGUAAUUAAUGGAUG